UCGCAGGUUUGGAGUUGGACUUGCGAGUCGAAGCGAUUUCGCGCAUAAGUUUUAGGGAAGGAGUUAGCAGGCACGACGAGUAAUCUCGUCGCACGGAUUAUUCAGUUUUCUGCGGCAAACCGGUUGGUUGUUUUUUUUCCUCGAGUAUCUACCUAAUUUGUUUACGCGUUUUUGUUUCCGAAAUUAUGUGGAAUAAAUACGUAUCGUAACUCGCGUGUGAAGUGCUGUUGAUAUGUGCGUAAUUAUUCAUUAUUUUAUGUAGGAUGAAAAAUAUGGAAUUUGGUGACAACUCCCCGAGAUAUUUUAUAUUAUGAGACGAGUUGAAAAUGCGACUGGUGCUCCGAGUUUUACUAUGCUGGUUAGUCGUCCAGAUUUGCCAAACGUUGGAAAUCAGCCAUCAAGAUUUGGAAGAUCCCAAUGGAAACCUAUGCGGGCCGAGCGGAUGGUGUGACGAAAACACGAAUAGCACGGAUGACCUGCGAACCAGAAACUGUAUGUGCGAUGAAAAGUGCGACAAAUACGGAGAUUGCUGCUUGAAUUCGGCGCACUUCAACGCGGCCCAGCAACGGCGAGCCGCUUCUUCGUUCUUGUGCGCGGCGAUCGAAGACGGCGCCGGCAGCGGAUACGCGUACACCAAGGUGGAAUGUCCGCCGCAGUGGCGCAACACGGAGGUGCGGCGGAAAUGCGAAAAGUCGGCCCAGCACAGCGUCGACGAUCCGCUGCUGAUGACGCCGGUCACCAGCGCCUCGAGCAACGUCACCUACGGCAACGUGUACUGCGCCGUCUGCAACCGCGACUACGACAACCGAAACGGCGGCGUCACUUACUGGAUGCUCAAGUUGGACUGCCGAGACCAGAACGGCUUGUCGUUGCCCUCCGAGUACGACGGUCAGUCGUAUCAGUCGUACGUCGAGCAGAAUUUGAGUUUCAACAAUCGGCUCGACUACUGGCAAGUGCGCGAUAAGCAGGGCGUGUAUUACAAAUGCGAUUUGUUGCCGUCCAUUCCGGCGCCGAUGAUGCAACUAGUCAGACGAUGCAGGCCGACCGUGAAAACGUGUCCGGCCACGUGGGGCAAGGACGAGAUCAGGCAGCGAUGCGAAUCGUACACGUUGAUGGUGCACCGAAAUGCGACGCCGCUGUCGUCGUCGUCGUCGUCCGCGUCCGCGUCCUUUCGAAACGUACACUGCGCCAUAUGCAACAGCGUGCCCGUCCAGUCGGUCGGCUGCCAGUCCGGCUCCGAAUCGCGCUCCGAGAUCGGCUUCAGAUUCGAUUCGUUCACCAUUCUGUUCGACUUUAACGGCGGCCGCAACGUCGGCGAGCUGGUCAACUGCAGCGGCAGCGGCGGCGGUGGCGGCAGCGGCAACAGCGACACUCGGCCGGUGUACGACAGCUUUUUCCGCAGAUGCCGCAACAUCGAGACCGGAUCUUCCUCGGCUGCGGAAGAGUCGAACGACGGCGACGGCGACUCCGACACCGAUCGAACUCUGCGCAGAUCGCUCAACUGUUCCAAGGUGAUCUUCGACGCUACCGAAUUCCGGCUGAUGAACGACAGCGCCGGCAGCGUGUAUCUGCCCAAAUACGACAAGACUUUCGAGCCGGGCAAAUACGUGUACGUGAAUCACCACCACGGCGACGGCGACGGCGACGGCACCGCCGUCACGUUGGAAGUAUGCAAAGAGUAUUACGCGGCGGCCACCGACGCGACCGCCGGCGCCGGCGGCGGUGGCGGUGGCGGUGGCGGAGAUGAACGGCGCCGAAUCACGUACCGGCCGUACUACAGCCUGAUCACGAUGAUCGGCAUCGGCGUUUCGGUGAUCUGCCUGUGCGUUCAUCUGAUCGUGUUCGCGGCCGUCAAAGAACUGCGCAAUCUGUCCGGCAAAAAUCUGGCCUCGUUCUGUCUGGCUCUGCUGCUGGCGUACUGCAGUUUCGCGAUGGGCGACCUGCUGGACGGGCGGCUGUGCUUGGCCAACGCCAUCUGCACCUACUACCUGUUCAUGGUGGCGUUCACGUGGAUGCUGAUCAUGUCGUUCGACGUGUGGCGCACGCUGCGCAUCGCCACCAAAGAGUUACGCGUCAGCUCCGGCAAGCAGUGGCGCAAGUUCAUGGUGUACUCGUGCUGCAGCUGGGUGCUGCCGGCCAAGAUAGCGCUGAUCGCGGUGCUGGUCGACCUGUGCCCGACCAGCCUGGUGUCGGACGCGUUCCGGCCGCACUUUGGCCAGCGCUCCUGCUGGUUCGGCCAAGGACCGCCGAUGCUCGUCUUCUUCGGCCUGCCCGUAUUCGCCAUACUCGUCUGCAACCUGGUCUUCUUCCUCAGCUCGGCCUACAUGAUAUACUCGAGCCACUCGAUGACCAGGUACUCGGCCAGUCCGGCCACCAAGAGAGAUUUCCGACUGUACGCGCGCCUCGCCCUCAUCAUGGGCCUGACGUGGAUAUCCGGCCUGUUGGCGGCCUUCGUCAACAGCGAAAUUCUGUGGGUCGUCUUCAUCCUGUCCAACACGUCGCUCGGGCUGUUCGUGUUCGUCGCCUUCACCUGCCGCAGCAAGGUGCUGCGAGCGUUGAAAAACUUGAAACGCGACAGCGUUCUGAAUUUGCCCGCCUUCAGCUGGUCCAUGAACGCCAGCGAAGUCGACGGCAAGUCUCACAUACGCUCCUCCUCGUCUUCAGCCGCCGAUUCCGUUUCCGAAAAACCCACUUCCAAUACGUAUUACUGAUACCCUACCUACCUACCUACCUACCGACUGAUCGUGAUCACUUGAAACUGUGUUCAGUGAUCACCGACACCGGACACGAGGUUGCCUUUUGCGCGCCUGCAUUAGCGAUUGCGAUUACUCGAUUAGCGUACUCGUGUGUCUGUGUAUGCGAUAGCGAUAGCGAUAGCGAUAGAACGACUUUUCGGUUGACGCGGCUAUACGUGCCAGUUACCGCGCUUUCGCGCUGUGCUCUUUUUAAACGACUGAUUUUUACCUACCUAGUACUAGUUAGUAGUUUCUAGUAUACUUUAUCUACUCGUGUAAGUUUGUAAAUGUAAAAGUACAUGUACUCGUAUAUUGUAGAUUUAGCCACCUAUUUCCUGUACAUAAAUGUCAAUUUGCGUAAGUACGAGUACUUGGCUCAUCGAGCCGAGAAUAGUUAUAAUUACCUACCUAAUGUACGUAUGUGUAGUCUACAUUCUUAUUGCCCUUGCGAGUUCGAUAUGCGUGCAAUAUUCGUAUUUGUCCCUUUUAUUUUUUAAUUUUUUUUUUUUACAAAUUACCAUGCAGGAACUCUUAUACUGUACAUAAGAUAUAUUUGACUACGGUGAACUCGAUAUAGUACGUAUCCUCGAAUGUAAGAUACUUUAUUGCAAAUAUCCGUCCAGUCUUUUGUUUUUAUCUUGUUUUUUGUUUUUUUUAAACUGAAAAGUUGAAUUUCAGGAACACUGUAAGUACGAUUUUCAAAGAAAAACGUUGAAAAAUAUCUUUUGGGAAACGUUUCGAAAAUGAUUGCGUUGUCUUUCGCGAGUCUUCGAAGUAUUAUCGGCUAUUUCGCGAUUGUCAAAAUAAGCAGUCGUCAAAUUCUCAGCGAAAUUAUUCGCAAAAAAUUGAAACUUCGUAUCACUUUUGAGGUUUUGCGAUCUCGUGUUUUUCCUUCUGCGUUACGUAUGCAUUGAUUAAUGUAAAUACAGUCUUAAGACGAACGCGAGUUUAAUGUUGGCGUGCAUUAUUUUUUAUACCUAUGUCGCGAGUACAUACUAUGUAUAUAUCGUACGAUUGGUUGUGUCUAUGUCUAUGUCUAUGUCUAUGUUUAUGUUUAUGUUUAUGUUUACGAAUGUAAAUAUCAAAAUUUUGUGCUCGUAAUAAAUUAUCUAAGAAAUUUUUCAUCUAAAGUUACCAUUUUAUAAAAUAUAUAGACGUUGAAAAUA